AUGAUCUAUUGUUGGUUUAGCUUAGCUGCUUCCAUAUUGUUUUUGUUCACAGCGAAUGCAUUAUCAGCCAACUCCAGCCUCAGAAUUCCCUUCCCAUUUGACAUAAAAAGUGCAAAAGAAUUUUAUCUAAGCGACGGGGUUGACUUUAGGCAAAGCAAUAACAAUGCUACUAAUAUUAACUUCUGUUUUGAGAAAGCUUUGAGUUUAGCCGGUUUAGAGUAUUGGUGCAGCAUCCAAGGGGAUGCUUAUGGCAAUGAAUAUGGCUAUGGCUUUGGGUUAUAUGCAUAUGCCUAUAACUAUGAAACAAAGACACUUUAUCCCACUGAUGUAUGCCAAGGAUGCUCAAAAAUUUUCACAGCCGAGGAGCUUGUGAUGGAGAUCAUUUUUGCAAAAGAAAAGGUACUAGUGGAGGAGGGCCAAAUCAAGUGUUUUAUAAAUGAGAUUAUCACUCUUGCCCAUAUCAACCAUCAAAAUGUGAUCAAGUUCUUGGGCUGCUGCUUAGAGACUGAAGCUCCCAUUUUGGUUUAUGAAUUCACCUUUAACGGGACCCUUUUCGAUUACAUUCAUGAUUGGAAAAAUGGGAAAGUUGCAAUGCCACAUGGGGAUAUCCUUAUGAAGAUAGCAUCAGAAUCUGCACCAGGUCUUGCUUAUUUGCAUUCUUCAUCAAUCAUUCAUGGAAAUGUCAAAUCUUCCAACAUUUUACUAACUGAUUGCUUGGCCAAAGUUGCUGGUUUUGGACCUCCAAGUUUAGUCCCUAGCAAUGAGUCCCAGAUAAGUACAUUGGUGCAGAGGACACUCGGUUAUCUGGACCCAGAGUAUUUCGUUACAGGCCAAUUGACAGAUAAGAGUGAUGUCUACAUCUUUGGAGUCGUUUUGGUAGAAAUUUUAACUGGAGAGAAGCCCAUAUCCUUUAAUAGACCAGAAAAUCAACGAAUCAUAACUUGUCAUUUCCUUUUGUCCAUGGAUCAACAAAAUGGCCUGUUUCAGAUUCUUGCUCCACCAGUUAAGGAACAAAACAAAGAACAAGUUAGAGCAGUCGCAGAACUCGCAAAGCAAUGCCUCAAGUUGAGUAGUGCAGAAAGACCAACAAUGGAAGAAGUGACCCGAGAGUUAAAGAGGCUGUCACUCCUGUCAGACACGUAUCUUACGGUUCAUGUUAGUUAA